UGUGCCAAAUAGUCUUUGAGAUGACUAACCAGAAGCCAGGAGACACGGCUAAGCAGUAAUUCCAGGGGACCCCAAUUCCUCUGGAUUUCCAGAAUGGGUUUGUCGUCGCUGAAGAAGAGGCCAUUACACGUUUUUUUUUACCCCUAGCAUGCGCGAAACUGUGUUGGCUAGACAUGUCCGCUGGGGUCCGGUAAUUUCGUAAACUGUGAAUUCUGAAUUGUGCUCAAUAUACAGCGUUUUUGUUUUAAACACUGAAUGAGUUUGUGUUCGUGAAAAAUUGUGUAUUAUAACGGUUGGUUGGAUGGCGUUGCCGUGUGUAUUCAUAGAUAAGUAAAUGGUGUAACAUGAAACAGAUGUUGAAGAACUAGUGCCCCCCAUGAAUAACUACAGGCUGAUCAUCUUGCCGCCAGAAGGACGUGCAACACAUGCAAGAGAACUUACACUAGCAUGCAGUCAGCCUCCAGAAUUCUGGACUGUGGCCAUUGCUCUUGUCAGGAAUGCCUGAACCACACCCUAAAAUACAAAGACAGGUGUCCGUUUUGUCUCUACGCAGCUGCACUAGCAACCACACAAGGCUCCCAUAGAUAUCACUCGACAAUGAGCAGGAAAGGAAAGGCUCUGGCUUCUACUGGUGCCAUACCACGCAAAAUUUCCUCUCAGACGAGGAUGAAGAAGAGCUCCUCCGUGGCUGACCUAGAGGUCUGGCAUGGCGAAGUGAGAGAAAGACGAUACAGUGACGGAAUGGAAAAACCAAUAAAAUGCAUUGAAGAGGGCCGUUUUGCUACUCGCAGAACUGUAAAACAUAGGACAUUUAUAGAAGAAGGGGUGAAGUAUUAUCAGGAACAACAGACUGUGGAGUUCCCUGAUGGCUUUAGUGGUGAAAAACUUGGUGAAACUGUGAGAAAUUAUGCCCUUCGUGGAGUAGAGAAUUUACUGUGUUGCAAUACAGUCAAUGCAGUAUUUGAUGUGGCAAAAAAACCAGUGAUGCGUGCCAAAACUGACUCAGGUUUUCAUAUUGAUGAAGAUCUAGUGGCGGAUGAAAUGAGUGAUUCUAGUCUUGAAGUUGGGGAAAGUCUUGCGCCUUGGAAACCUACCGAUAAACGUGUGCAGGUCCAGGAAGGUUUACUUGAACCGACCAAGCCCGUAGGCGCAGGUGCUAACAACGGACUUCCAAACAGCAGAAACGACAGAGAAUAUAAUCUCGAUCCUACCGACUUGAUUCAGUUUGAGGAACUCGACCCCGACAACCACGACAGUGAGGAAAGCGAGAUGUCUGCCCUGGAAAGUGUUUUCAGGCUACAUUCUCAGCUGUCCGGAAGUUCUUCCAGUGUUCAGGGGGAGACAUCGACCGGCAACAAUGGCGGCCCGCUUUUGAUAGACGAGGACAACGCAUCUGGUCAAUGCCCGGACCACAGUCUUCCUUAUUCGUUCGUCUGCCUAACGUGCAACGUAUGGGGCUGCCCUUCUUGCUCGGAGGAUGACCACAGAGAAGACGCCUUAGCCUCAUGUUUCAUAGUCCACACCCAGGAAGGCGUGAGGGUUCUGAAGCUCACCUUCAAAGAUACCGCGAGAAAACUGAUGAAAGAUGCAAUGAGAAUUAAGAAGAUGGUCUGCAGGGAGGCAAGUGCCGCGAAAACUGUGUUCGACCAUUACGAAAAGAGAGCUGCUGAUAUGAGACGGGAGCUGACUGUAGUGGAGAACAAUAUGUCCGAGCUUAGGAAGAUUUUAAUGACUGAAGACGAAGUCAAAGUGGACGCGAGAACUGUCAUUACGACCCUGAAAGACACCUAUGCAAGAAUCAGAAGGUCAGAUAACUGUGGAGAUCUUAUAAGUGCAAUGAAUUCUCUCAGUACUUGCAGUAGCAUACUAGAUCAGUAUUCUGGGAAGAAUCCUCAAAUUGUCACUGUUAUGCCAAAUAUUCUGUUAGAUAAAAAGGAGGAGAUAAUAAGCCUAUUAAUUGAGGGUGCCCCUGUCUAUGGCAUGCAAGAGAGGAAUGGGACCAAGCAGUAUGCCCAGCUGUCCUUGGGAGACGAAGGAAUUCUGGUCCACUGUCUAAGAGAAGAUGUGUAUCCCAAUGAUGGAGUAGCCAUUUUGGCUCAUCAGUUCGAUUCCCUCUCCGCAAUGCUACCGCAAGAAUCUCCCGCCAUUUUCCUCGACAUCGGCUGGGCGGGAGAGAACCGAGGGAGAGUCUACGUCAAACUCUUCGGAACCACCCCUAGGAGUCGCCAGGCCAUCUUGCUGUGUUCGGGGGAGAAGGGCCAUUCCUACAGGAACACCAGCUUCUACGAGCACCAGGUCACGUCGAGCAGAUGGUCUGCUAAGCGUCACGCCAUCCUCUACGGAGGAGACUAUGAGGAGAACGAUGGCUCCGGAGGGAAAGCCAUUCUCGAGAAUAUCUUGGACGGGGAGGAGUACACCCACCCGGCCGAGGAAGGGCUCAUGGUGAGCUGGCCGGCAGCCGAUUACUGGAGAGCCGGCUCUUUCGGCUUCUAUCUGACAGCCGAUACGGCAAAGACCGUUGACACGGCUUUCGGCGUCGUGUCUCGCCGGCUGGGGAUUUUGAAGGCCGCAGCCGAGCAGGAUCCUGUCACGAACGCUUACGUCAGCGAUUGCGGGUUUGUCAUUCCCUUCUAAAGACUGGAGUUGAUUGUAUUUCGGUAUCAUGCUUGUUACAUAACCCUUUUAUCGAUUGAAACAGAUUGGCAACUGUAUAAACGACGGUAUAAACGAGAUAUUGGGUUUUUCAUUUUUUACAACCUGUUUAUAUGCAAUGUUCAAUUAUAAGCCUACUAACUUAAUAAAA